UCAUCCAGCGGGGGAUGCGGCGCUCCAGACACUUUGAGACACGGGAUCCAAAGAUCGUGCGCCUCUUCAGAUUCUCCGACAAUGGCCACAAGCUCAACCUACGCUGCGCUCACGUCCGUGUUCACUCUGUCUCUCUCUCCUCCUUUGCUUUCUUCUUUUUCUUCUUCUGCUUCCGCUGCCGCUGCCGCUGCCGCUUCCUCCUCCUUUCAAUGCUUAUACCCAUCUCGCACGCGUCGAAAGCUCGUCUGGGUCCUCAACCCUCGGGCUCCUGGGGGUCCUGUAUGUUCCACUCAAGUCUUGAAAGAAGGAACUCGCGAUGAGAGCGCCAUCGACAAAUCGCUCCUCGAUUUCGAAGAAGCGUCAUCCGAUGACGAGCUCUGGGCCGCCUCUUGCCUUCGAGUUCGCACCUUCAAUCAGUUCAAGCCCUCCACUUAUGCCGUCGAGGAUCAUAAAAGAAGCUUGGCUGAGUGUGAAUUUGAAGCAUUGAAGGAGCGUAUUGCUGGGAAGAGGGAGGGCUUUAGGAGAGUUUCUUGCAUUAAUGCCACGCUCCCAAUGUCCCAAAUUAUGACCGGUUCAAAUGAUUUAUUCUCAACAUGUAAGUUCUCAAAAAGUGGAAAAGAUCGAGUAGUUGUUGCUACACUUGAUCUUAAUCAGUGCCUUUGGCUUCCAGAUGAAAUUGUUGGAGCGAGACCGGAGCAGGGCAUUGGAGCAGAUUUCGCUAGGGCAUACCUGAGCAAUGUAUGUGUUGCCGAGGAACUACAGAGAAAUGGACUGGGUUAUGCACUCAUUGCAAAGUCAAAGAUUGUUGCUAAAAAAUGGGGCAUAACUGAUCUGUAUGUCCAUGUCGCUGUCGACAACGAAGCUGCAAAGAAUUUGUACAUGAAAAGUGGGUUCGCGUACGAAAGCGAGGAACCUGCAUGGCAAGCCAGAUUUCUUGAUCGUCCUCGAAGGAUUCUUUUGUGGAGCAGCGUCGCUACCUCCCAUGAUUUGUGAUCUCCUCGAUAUUUUCGUGUUGCGAUCUUGUUAUUUGUAAGGCUGACUCCUCAGACUGGAUAACAGAGUUUUUCGUUGCCGUGUAAAUGUCGAAGUCGCGGCUUCUUCUUCAUAGUUUAUUGCCUGCAUGACAUUAGUGCAUCAUUUUUCUUUUGUAUAUCACAAUUCUUUGCAAAUUGAAGACAAUGGUCUUU